CAGACGGUGUUGGCUCGGUGGUGGGUCGGUGCGUGUCCUCCUCCUGCUGCAGAGACCGAUGAGGCUCCUCUGCGUCUGAGCGCUUCUUCUUUUUACUUUUUACUUUUGCUCCGUUUCAUUUUUAUCUUUUCGUCGUCUUUUGCUUUUUUUCUUCUUGUUCUUUGUCUUGGUUAAAUUGGAUCCAGGGAGUCGUCGUGAUGGAGAAAAUGUCCCGACAUCCAGCCGCGCUCACCCCGAGCUUCCUGAGCCCAUCGACGCACGGAGUCCUGAAGUCUCUGCUGGAGAACCCGGUGAAGCUGCCUCCGCAUCAUGAAGCUUUCAGCAAGGAGCAGGAGAAGGAGAAGAACCUGGAGGAGGAGCGCAGCGUCCCCCAGUCGGCCUUCCUGGGCCCCACCCUGUGGGACAAGACCCUCCCCUACGAUGGUGACACCUUCCAGCUGGAGUACAUGGACCUGGAGGAGUUCCUGUCUGAGAACGGCAUCCCAUCCAGCCCCUCCCACCACCGCCACGACCCCCACCAACCACACGCUCCGCCGCGGCCUCCACACAUCAUGGCGUCGGUUCCUCCCACGCCCACGCCGUCAGUGAUCGACCUCAGUAACCACGCCUCCACCUCCGUACACACAACCAUCGUCUCUCCAAACUGCCUCCACAGCAGCCCGGCCAGAGCAGGCCUCCCAAACUCCAGAAACACUCCCAGCCCCAUCGAUCCAGACUCCAUCCAGGUUCCCAUCGGCUACGAGCCCGACCCGGCCGACCUGGCUCUGUCCAGCGUUCCGGGUCAGGAGAUGUUCGACCCACGCAAGCGCAAGUUCUCCGCCGAGGAGCUGAAGCCACAGCCCAUGAUCAAGAAGGCUCGCAAGGUUUUCAUCCCCGAAGACCUGAAGCAGGAUGACAAAUACUGGGCUCGUCGUAGGAAGAACAACGUGGCGGCCAAGCGUUCGCGAGACGCCCGGCGGCUCAAGGAAAACCAGAUCGCCAUCCGGGCCGGGUUCCUGGAGAAGGAGAACUCGGCUCUGAGGCAGGAAGUGGCCGACCUGAGGAAGGAGCUGGGGCGAACCAAGAACGUCCUGGCCAAGUACGAGGCUCAGCACGGGCCUCUGUGAGGACGCACACAUUCAUACACAAAUACACGUUAACAUUGAGAUAAACAUGAAGACACGUGAAGAACGGUCCUGAUCCACCAGCUCCUCUCACAGCAGCAGCUUCAGGCUGAUCUGAAAACCAAUCAAAAACAAACCAUCUCCUCUCACCACAGAAACCUUUAAAAUACACAUGUUUAGUUUCAUUAAUACAAUUAAAAGGUAGAUUUUAACCAACAAACAGGAAGGAGCUGUUUUUAGCUGCGGAUUAAUCCAACGUCAGGAUCAGGAAACAUUUGUUUUUGUCUGUAAAAUAUUUCCUGGCUCAGUCAACAUCUGCUCUCAGUUAUUCUUGUUUUUUUUGGAGACUUUUUUUUUUUUUUUUAAUGUUGAUAAAAGCUCAAAAUUUCACAUUUUUUUAAUAAUGUUCCCUGAAAUGCCAAAAAACUAACAAAAAAAAAGGGUUUUAUUGCAGUUUUAUGGCAAAAUGUUUUAUGACAAAGUCCUGAUCUGAGAGUUCAGAUCAUUCAGAGGAACCUGGUCGGUUGAGUCUGUCUCUGCUCAGUGAACGGGACCUUCUGCUAAUAAAGAUAAUAAAGAUAAUAAAAAUAAUCUGGAAUCGUUUUAAAUUUUAAAUAUGACCACGAUCACUUGUGCACGUUGUCUUCACAUGUGGCACUUUUGUGUAACCUUUGAUGACUUGAUGCAAACAAGACAAGACAAAGUCAGAUGAUGAUUGUUGAAACCCUGCCACUUUAUUAGGUACACCAGUGAAUGUAGUUUCUGUCCCGUUUAACUCAUCCUCCACAGAGAGAAUCCAGGUGAAUCAUCCGUCUGAAAACAUCAACUCAACACUGUUUACAUUAGAAUGACUUCACCAGUGUACCUAAUAAUCUGGACGGGGGGGUCUCGUGUUUUUGUGACGUGUUGAAGACAAAUCGGCGGCUACAGGUAUUUUAGAUUUUUAGAUUUGAAGCUACAAACUACAAACCAAAGACGAGCUUAAUUCAGAAAGCAGGAUUUUAUUUGAUAGCUUUGUUUCAGAUAUUCUUGGUUUUAUUCUCCGUUUCAGUGCAAUAGAAGGUUUUAUGUUUUAUUUUCAGUGGUGAGUGCGCCCCCUGGUGGCCGAGAGGGACAUGAAUGUAUAUUUGACCCGUUGGUUGUUGUCUUUUACUGUGGAAUCACUUUAGUACAACUCUUUACUACUUCAUGACCAAAAGAAAAGCAUAUAUAUAUAUAUAUAUAUAUAGAGGAUAUAUUGAUAUAUUAAAGGUUUAAUGUUUAUACAGAGUUAUUCUUGUUUUGUACAGUCUGUUUUCCUACUUAGAUAUUUCCUGUGUAUUUUUGAGACGGUGUGUGACACAUAUAAAAAUGAUACAGUUGUAAAAGGAGCGGUGAGGGCGACGCGUGGUGGGCAUUACGGUAAAAUCCUCCAGAAAUACCUCAAACCCUCCGUCACACCUGUGCAGGUGCAACGUCAGCUGUUCGCACCAGGUGCUCGUCCACUUUCACAAACCUGUGUAUAGUUUGAUAUUUGGCCCAGAGGAAUGUAACCAGCCAACACGAGGAACCCUCAUUAUUACAGGGUUCCUUCAUCUGUCAUUCAUCUGUUCUCUCUGUUUGAUUCUGUGUUUGUCUUUAAUUAUGUUCCUCAUGAUUAAAGGAAUAAAGAAAAGUCAAAAUCUA